CAAGUCACAUUAAUGAUAAUACUACCUUAAAAAAUAAUUUAGAUGAUGAUAAAAAAUUCUAUUCACAUAUUAAGCUUCAUAUUGACAAUAUUGUAACUAUAAAGGAAGAAAACGAUGAGUUCUAUGCUAUUGUUAAAGCAAUAA